ACAUUUGGUUCCACGGAGCCUGAGGAACCAAACAUCCUGUGAACAUGAAGGAGGUCAUAGUCCUGUACCCAUCUCCAGGCAGAGGCCACCUACUCGCCAUGGUAGAGCUUGGCAAGCUCAUACUGAAACAUCACCCAUCUUUCUCCAUCACAAUCCUUGUCUUAAACACACAAAACACAGAUUCUGCGUCCACCGCCCAGUACGUCGCCAGCUCUACCGCCCAAUACAUGGCCGCCGUGAAAGCCACCACCCCAUCGAUCACCUUCCUCCAUCUUCCCCCCAUCGCCGACGUCCCUUCCACUCCUUCCCGCAUAGAAUUAUUGUACUUAUUCCCACACCUCAACAACCCAAAUGUCCACCAAACCCUUCAAACCAUCUCCCAGACCUCCAAACUCAAAGCCUUUAUCAUUGACUUCUUUUGUGAUGCUGCUUUCAGAGUAGCCGCAAACCUUAGCAUCCCCAUCUAUUAUUUCUACACCUCCAGCGCAAGCACUCUAACCGCCUUCCUAUACCGCCCCACUCUCCAUAAAAGCCUGGACAAAAGCUUGAAAGAUCUCGAUGAUCAUAUGCUUAUUGAUAUUCCAGGCUUACCUUCUAUCCCGGUUUCAGACAUGCCGAAAAAUAUGUCUGAUCGUAGUGCUAAAGUGUAUGAGUAUUUCUUAAACACAGCAACCCACAUGGCCAAAUCAAAUGGACUUAUUGUAAAUACGUUUGAACUGCUCGAAGGAAAAGCUAUUGGAGCAAUAUCGGAUGGGCUAUGUGUGACAGAUGGCCCAACACCGCCGAUAUUCUGUGUUGGACCUUUGAUAUCAAGCAGCAAUCAGGAUGGAGAAAAUCAGCAUGAGUGUUUGAAUUGGCUAAACUCGCAACCAAGUCAAAGCGUCGUGUUUCUGUCUUUUGGAAGCAUGGGAUUGUUUUCGGCAAAACAGUUGCAUGAAAUAGCCGUAGGAUUAGAAAAUAGCGGCCAAAGGUUCUUAUGGGUAGUAAGAAAUCCGCCACCAGAUAACAACAAAGAGCCAAAUUUGGAUGAGUUGUUGCCAAACGGUUUCUUGGAAAGGACCAAGGGUAGGGGUUUUGUGGUGAAGCAAUGGGCUCCACAGGUGGAGAUACUGAGUCAUGGUUCGGUGGGUGGGUUCGUGACACACUGCGGGUGGAACUCAGUGCUUGAAGCGGUGUCUAGUGGCUUGCCGAAGGUUGGGUGGCCUUUGUAUGCGGAACAAAGGCUGACCAGGGUGGUCUUGGUGAAGGAAUUUAAGGUGGCGUUGGCAGUGAAUGAGUCGGAAGACGGGUUGGUGAGUGCGGCCGAGUUGGAGAAGAGAGUGAGGGAGUUAAUGGACUCGGAAGCAGGCAAAGUGGUGAAGCAGAAGGUUUUAGCCAUGAGAGAUGCAGCCGUGGCAGCCGUGGAAGAGGGAGGGUCCGCUCAUGUUGCAUUUGCCAAGUUGGCUGAGUCGUGGGUCACGACAACGUGCUAGUUACACGUGCUUCAUUAACUUCAUACAUGUGAAUCCUCUCUUCCCCCUCCCCCCUCUCUCUCUCUCUCUCUCUCUCUCUAUAUAUAUAUAUAUAUAUAUAUGAGUAAUGAUAGUCCCCUGCCCGACCCUUUCCUACGUGGAAGGGGCCUUUUGCUUUUAAUAGUUUUUUUUUUUUUUUUUUUUUUUUAAAAAAAAAAAAAAUCUUUUUUUUGAAAACCCACCCCCCCGUCUUCUAUACCCAUUUUUCUUCUCCAAACCAUUUUCCCCCCAAAUCUUUCCCUCCCUCUCUCUCUCUCUCUCUCCAUCUCCUCUCCUCAACCCCACCGUGAGCCCGCCAUUGUCGACCACUCACGAGCCAGCCACCGUCGACCACUCACGAGCCCGCCACACCACUGUGCGUUCUCCAUCUCCGGCCAAAACCGAACCACCGUGCGUUCUCCAACUCCGAUUCGGCUCCGACAACUCAACCACCGAUCGCCACGAGCAGCCCCAGCCGAAACACCAACGCCGCAGCCGCCGACGAGCCCAUCCGCCGUAAGGUGAUAUUAUUAUUGAAAUAUGUUGAACGAUAUUCUCUUAUGAAAUGUCAUUCAUUGCUGAGGGAACCUAGUAGUUUAGAUGGUGAAGGAACCGCCUCUUCGGAUUUGAAGAAAUAAACUAAUUGAUUCAAUACUUCUCAUGGCCUCAAUACAAUUUUCCUUUGUAGAUAUUAUUUUUGCUUCCGCAAAAUGUAGAUAUGCGGUUGUUGUAACUUUGCCUUUUUGAAUUCGUAACUAAGAGAAAAUCUCACCAUUUGUUCUUGUUUAUGUCCCAAUUAUACUAAUCCUUGAUUUUCUUUUUUUAA